AAUUAAGCGAAAUCUCUUUAUUUGAGGUGGGUACGGCUCCUGUGGCACAAUGGAGGAGGAUUUGCUCACCUUCUUCCCUAAUGGCAUCCGGGCCUUGCUUGUUGAUGAUAACACGACAUUUCUAAACUCGGCUCGCACGAUGCUUAAUCUGUUGCACUUCAAAGUGGCUACAUGCAAGACACCAACCGCAGCCUUACAGUUUCUCACAAAAAAUCAAAAGGAUAUCAUCGAUGUCGUCCUUGUUGAUGGCCACAGGGCAUCAACAUGCGGUUUCGACCUGCGCGCCAUCAUCGAGCGGGACCUCCACAUCCCAGUCAUCUAUUACAUGUCGCUGGAAGACCCAAUUCCCACCGGCGGGGAUGAUACCCUUUUCCGGAUGGUGCAAGCAGCAACAUUCAUCAUCAGCAAGCCGCUCGACGCAUCCGAGUUGAGCAGCCUUUGGAGGGUCAUUGCCUACCGUAGAUUGGCUUGGGACAUGAGGAAAGUUAAUGGCCACAACGGUCAUGACAAAGGCAAACAUGCAUAUCCCUCCUUGGUUGGAGACAAUGGGGACGACGACAAUGAGAUAGAGUCUUGUGUCCACUUCAAGGUGGUUCGGGUUCGCACCCAAACUAAGAAACAGACCCAUGAUCCCCAUGGAGAAGGUUCCCCUAAAACCCACAAACACAAUGUCGUGUGGUCACCGCUCCUCCAAGAAAAGUUUAAAUGUGCCGUCGAAGACAUGGGCAUCGGAUACCCAAGCAAGAUACUGGAGCACAUGAACGUGAAAGGCCUAAAAAGGCACCACGUGGCUAGCCACUUACAGAAAUACCGUGCGAAGCUUCAAAUGAAGAAUGACACCUGCAACACCUCCAAUAGGUGCCCGCGCUUAGGCGACCGCCCUCCACAGGCGACCCAUCAGCCGCAGACGUCCUCCGUCGCUAGAGCCUUGAACAUCUCUGCCCCUGUCCCGGCAUCGUGGCCUUCGUCAUCCCAACAACAAACUGUCGAGGAUGUCUUCAGCAACAUUGCACCGAUGGACGCGCAAACAGAGGGGCAGCCUUCCUCCAGCACCAACCCAAAUACCUUCCAACCGUUGUUCUUCGGGCCAUUUUCUUACCAAGGCCCGUCUCUCCAAGCACCAGACACGCCACCGACGCAAUAUGCGGGUGAUCACGUCAAUGCAGCUUCGCACUGUCGUACUGGUUCUCUUGUUCCCGAGUCUUUUGAUGCAGAAAUUGAAGCUUUCUUUGAUAGCACUGGACCGACAAUGGAAGCAUGUGAAUACGGUGCCGCCGCCGGGACAUUUGUGCCGCCUAACCAGGCUCAGGCCAUGGCUUCAGUGGAAGAAGAGAUUGCGAUGGUGGCAGAAAUGAUGGCCGCGCCAUCAGACGUUGAACUUGCCAUGCAAUCAUAUGAAGCAACCGACCUGAAUACAGAUGAUCAGUUCAUGUUUCCUCUAGAAGCACUUCAGGGGCUGGACAUACCGAUGAACAUCGACGAUAGGAUCACUGAUGACGGAGCUAUGAGAUGGCUCAAUGGCGAGGGCGACGUCCAAGACUAUGAUUUCUCGUAGACAACAAAUAGCUUCCAUGACAACAUAAGUGAGGAAGAGGAAUAGUUUGGUGCAUAAGCGGCCAGUGCAAGUAGUAACCUAUGGCUAACUACAUAUAUGCAUCUGGUUAUGGUAGACAGGAUAAUGGAACAACUUUUAUGUUCACAUAUCCUUCUUAUAUACUCCCCCUGUAAAGAAAUAUAAGAGCGUUUAGAUCAUUAAAAAUGAUCUAAACACUUUUAUAUUUCUUUAAAUAAGAAAUACUAUGUAUCCUUACUAGAUGUAAGUGUUUGUUAGUUUAGU